AUGACUGUGAUGGCUAAGAAGACUGCCAAAAAGCCCGCAGCACCAACCGCUGUUCCAAAGGUUGCUGCAAAGGAGAACAACACAAGCAAGCCGUCAAAGAAAGCACUGCGCAAAGCACUGGCCGCACAGAAAGCGCAACUACUGCAAAAGAAAAACACUAAAGAACAAUCAAAGGUUGAGGGACAAGAGAAUGCGAUUGUCAUUGCUCCAGUCAGGAAAUCCGAUGAACCACUUGUGCAGACUCAAGCAUCUAAAUGGAUCAACAAGCAACGUCUGAUGGUGGUCGCCUCGCGAGGAAUCACCUACAGAGAUCGCCAUUUAAUGAACAACCUCAAAACAAUGUUGCCUCACUCCAAAUCUGAACCGAAAAUGGACACCAAAGACCCAAAUAUCGCGCUUAAUGAAAUGUGUGAAAUUCGCAACUGCAACAAAGCCAUCUUUUUUGAGAAUCGCCGUCGACAGGAUCUUUACAUGUGGAUUGGCAACGUUCCAAGUGGACCGACGGCCAAGUUUCUAGUAGAAAACAUUCACAAUAUGGGCGAACUUCGUCUUCCAGGAAACUCGCUAAAAUCAUCUCGCCCACUGCUGUCUUUCGAUCCACUUUUUGACUCUGCGCCUCACUACGCCCUUUUAAAGGAGCUUUUAGUGCAAACCUUUGGCGUGCCGAAUGGGCACCCAAAAUCACAGCCUUUCUUUGACCACGUUCUCACCUUUACUAUUCUCGACCACCGCAUCUGGUUCCGAAACUAUCAAAUUGUCGCAGAGGAUGGCUCACUUGCAGAAAUUGGACCCCGAUUUGACUUGAACCUGAUUAAAAUCUUUGAAGGAUCUUUUGGCGGUCGAGUGCUGUACAGCAACCCGCACUACGUCGCACCGCAAAAGCACAGGCUUGCCAUUAAACGGGCCGCAUCAGAGAAGUACAAGGACCGGCAGGAAGCGAAAAAGGCCAAGGAGCUCCGGAAGCCUGCUGACGGUGAGGUGUACGCUGAUGUAGACAAGUUUGACGAUGUCUUUGAGACGAUUCGACCUGAAGAGGCCGUCGGCCAAGAGAAAUUGGUCUUUAAGCGAAAAAAGUAA